UGCCCCGAUGAUUCAGUCGAGUUUCGAGCGAGCUGAUGAACGCACGUGUGCCGCGGUGGUUGAACAAGAAACUGAAACAGAGACAGAGACAGAAACAGAAACUGAAAGCGAAGUCGAAAUCGAAACUCCAGAAAACUCCAGUCACAAAUCAGCGUGUAAAAGUGUGAAAAACUGUUCAUAUCCGGCAACCAGAAACUCAAACUGAAAGAAGUUUUGAAUUGGGAAACAUAAAGAUCGAGUGAUUGAACCAUUAUCGUUCGUUGCCAGACCCCGACCCAGACCCAGAGCCAGCGUCCUUGUUGUAAGAUCUAUUUUGUGCGUGUAUGGCUAGUGGCCGGCCGGCCGGCCCACAAGUGUAAAUGCCAGGCGGCGUCUUUUUAUGUGCAUCGGAAAACCCUUAAGCUAUUUAGAUGGAUGGAUCGGUGUGAGGAGGCGGUGGCGACGACUGCGACGGCGUCGGUGGCGGUAACUGCAACAUCGACGCUUCUUGUCAAACGGGUUUUUCGAUACGCCCGAUCAUUGGGCAGGGGGCAAUUCGAACGAGCGCCUGGCAUCGAACGCCUUCGUGUGGCGCGGCCUUUUGAUGUUCCAUAUUUGAUCAGCGAAUGAACCAAGAAAGAGCCUCUGGCUAAACGUUUUCCAGGAAGCCAAAAAUAAAAACAAACCGAAAACCACAAGGAAAACUCAGACCAGCCACGAACGCACCGCAUUACAUCCACAUCCACAUCCACAUCGACAUCCACAUCGCUUAAAUAAAUAAAACAUCUUUUGCCGUUUGAAGUGCCAAUGUGAAAAUAAUUCGAAUAAUGAGAAUCAGUCCAGCUGCACAGAAAGGAGAGCUCUCAGCGUCGGCAAAGGAAACAAAAAUGUAGGAGCGCGAAAGAAAAAACAAAACCAAGUGGAAAUCAAACGAAAAGUAUUAAGAAGUCCAAAAUAAGUUUACGAACAAAGAAGCAGCAUCAAAAAUUAACAAAAAAAAAAUAAUAAUAAUUCAUUCAAUUAUCAAAUACAUAAAAUCUCAAUUAUAAAACGCAUUUCGGCAUAGGGAAAUCGAAAUACGAAUAUAUACCUAAAUAUAGAAUUUUAAACAAUUUUUAUACCACAAUUUUACCACAGAUUUCUAUUGCACGAACAACAGAAUCCGAAUAUAUAUUGACUAUAAAAUAAUAAUAAAUAUUUAAUGAGGUAGUAAUCUAGAAUUUAGUAAUUUAUUAACAACACACAAGAAAGUACUUACGACAUAGCCACACAACAUAAAAUCAAGAAUAUAUCAAACGACAAACACGCCAAAAAGUAGACUAUAGAAAACGCAUUUAGCAAAUCAACAAUCAACAAUCACCAAUCACCAACAAUACACCAACAAUACACCAACAAUACACCAAUAAAAAUACAACAACAACAACAACAAAACCAGUGAAAAUGCCGUCAACUGUGAAAAUCUUUUUGGUGCUUAUCCUCUGUCGCCUGGGGCUCUGUCAGCUGCGGAGUGAGGAUCAGCUGCUUUUGGGAAAUGGCAACCUGGAAAGCAGCCCUAAUCUGGGCCAGCACAGCCAGCACCAGCACCAGCAUCAGCACCACCAGAUCAGUGGCAUGAACAUGAACCACAACAGCACACUGCUGAACACCCUGAUGGGGGGUUCCGCUGUUGGUGGUGGAGGCCAGGGCGUGGGAUCGGGAUCUGGCGGAGGUGCCCUGAUCAAUCAAUUGGGUGGACUGGCAGGCCUCGGCAGCAGUACAUCGAGUGCUCCCUCUGUGGCGACAGGGGGAGGCGGCGGUGGAGGUGCUUCUCCCUGGCAUGCAGGAGGAGCACAGGGCGGAGGCGGCCUGGGAGUCCCAACGCAUGGAGGAGGUGGACACCCCCAUGGACAUGCCCUGGCUGGACUGGCAAACCUUGGAAUCAUAGUGCCCGGAACCAAAGGAUUGCCCGCCAAUCUGGGAUAUGGCGGAACAAUGCUUAACGCAGGAGUGCCAGGUGGAGUAGGCGGCGGCGGCGUUGGCGGAUUGCUGGGUGGCGCUGGGAUGAUUGGAGUUGGAGCCGGCAGCAAUGGCAUGGACAUGCAGAGCCUGUACAACGAACACUUCAUUUCGGAGCACACGGUUAUGGCUGUCUUCACCUCGCAGGGACAAGUGGGUGGACCCUGUCGGUAUAUGCCGGCGACCAGGCGGCAGAACCACCAGUGCCGCAAGGAGUCGGGUCUGCCGGGUACCCUCAGCGAGGCGCGUCGGUUGGCCACCACCCACUGCGAGGAUCAGUUCCGCUACGAUCGCUGGAACUGCUCGAUUGAGACGCGCGGCAAGCGCAACAUCUUCAAGAAGCUGUACAAGGAGACGGCUUUCGUGCAUGCCCUGACAGCGGCUGCCAUGACGCACUCCAUAGCCAGGGCCUGCGCCGAGGGCAGGAUGACCAAGUGCAGCUGUGGACCGCGCAAGCAGAACCGGGUGGACCAGGACUUUCAGUGGGGCGGCUGCAACGACAAUUUAAAGCAUGGCAAGCGGGUGACGCGGAGUUUCCUCGAUUUGCGUGGAGGCGAUGGAGACGAAGUCAGUGAGAUAUUGCGACAUGACUCUGAGGUUGGCAUCGAAGCCGUCUCCUCGCUGAUGAAGGACAAAUGCAAAUGCCAUGGCGUCUCCGGCUCCUGUUCGAUGAAGACCUGCUGGAAGAAGAUGGCCGAUUUCAAUGCCACGGCCACGCUGCUGCGACAGAAGUACAACCAGGCCAUACGAAAGGCCCCCAAUCAGCGGACCAAGCGCCAGAUGCCAUCGAGUCGCAUGAAAAAGCCCAAGCAGCGACGCAAGAAACCACAGCAAUCGCAAUAUACCACACUGUACUAUCUGGAGACCUCGCCCACCUACUGCUCGGUCACCAAGGAUCGCCAGUGUCUGCAUCCCGAGAACUGUUCGAAUCUGUGCUGCGGCAGGGGCUACACCACGCAGGUCUUCAAGCAGGUGGAGAAGUGUCGCUGCCGGUUCAACAAUGGCCGCUGCUGCCAGCUCAUCUGCGACUAUUGCCAGCGCUACGAGGAUAAAUACUUUUGUAAAUAGGCACGCUAUACCUCCCCUCUGACUCUGACUCUGCCUCGGCCUCUGCCAAUGCCUCUUUUGCUAUCCCAUCCAACUGUCUGUCUCUCCUCUCUAUCCCCUUUCCCUUUGUGCUUUUUGAAAAUGUAAUUUGUAAAGUUUAUUUCCAUCGUUGCUUGUAAUUUUUUUCCAUUCCUAACUAAGAAAACAUGAAAAUAAGCAAAUAUUAAUGAAAUGAUAAGCAAAAUGAACGAAAAUGAUAUGUAAAACGCGUGUAAAACGCACCAAAAAGUAGGCUCAAGGCCAAACUCAUCCAAAACACCCACACCCAAACACACACACCCCCAACUCACACACACAUACCCAUGCAAAUACAUACUCACAUACAUGCAUACAUACAUCUAUCUCUAUAUAUAUAAAAGCCCCUAUAUAGUAAAAAAAAAAGUAAAAGUUAGCUACC